UGCCCCUUCCCUGUUGGUCGGUCCCACUCCGGGCCUGGCGGGCUAGGUUGAGUUCGCAGCUAGGGCCAUUAAACGCUGCGGGGGGAGGGGGAGCGAUUUAAAGAGACAGAAGCCGAGCAGGCGGCCGGCUGGGGGAGCAGCGGCGGCGGACGACGAGCCCCCUCCCCCUCGCGGCAGCACCUCCGCCGCCAGGGUCUCCCCGAGCCCCACCGCCUCCCAGCGGCCUCCAUGAGUUAACGGCAGCGGCGGCCACUCUGGGGGCGGCAGCGGCCGCCGCCGCCUCCUCCUCCUCCUCGCGCGCCCCAUCUUUGUGCGCUGCCGCCCGGCCGCCGCGCUUUGUUCGGCGCCGGGGGGAGCCCGGCCCUCGGGGCGAGCCGCUCCCCGCGCCCCGCUGCAGCUCGCGGGGGCGGGGGAGGCCGCGCCGCCGGAGCCAGCGGCGGGCGGCGUGAGGGGGCCGGCGCCGGGGAGCGAGCGCGCGAGCUGCGGCCCCGUCCCGUGUCCGUGCGGCUGCGAGGGGGAAGGGGCCGGCUCGCUGCCCGCCGGCCCGGCCCGUCGGCGGGCGGAUUGAUGAGGGGGGGUCGGACAUGAGUCCGCCGGCCGCCGGGUGCUGCCAUGUGACCGGCUUCAAGGUGGAGAACUGGAAGCAGAACCUGCGGGCGAUCUACCAGUGCUUCGUGUGGAGCGGCUCGGCCGAGACCAGGAAGCGCAAGGGUCUGAUGUGGUGUCAGAAGAGAGGGCAGCUGGCGCAGCCAGCUGCAGAAGGGGAUGGGGCAGAGCCUGCUUUCCUCACAGCGCCCUGCUCGCAAGCCCAGGCAAAGUCGUGCAUUUGUCACAUGUGUGGUGCCCACCUGAACAGACUCCACUCUUGCCUCUAUUGUGUCUUCUUUGGCUGUUUUACAAAGAAACAUAUUCACGAGCACGCGAAGACAAAACGACACAACUUGGCCAUAGACCUUUUGUAUGGGGGUAUAUACUGCUUUAUGUGUCAAGAUUACAUAUACGACAAAGACAUGGAACAAAUUGCCAAAGAGGAACAACGGAAGGCUUGGAAAUUACAAGGCAUUGGAGAGAAGUAUUCAACAUGGGAGCCAACCAAACGAGAGUUAGAAUUGCUACGACACAACCCCAAGCGGAGAAAAAUAACCACAAAUUGUACCAUAGGUCUACGAGGGCUAAUCAAUCUUGGGAACACAUGUUUUAUGAACUGUAUUGUCCAAGCACUUACCCACACUCCACUACUGCGAGAUUUCUUCCUCUCCGACAGGCACAAAUGUGAAAUGCAAAGUCCCAGCUCAUGUCUGGUCUGUGAAAUGUCUACACUUUUUCAGGAGUUUUACUCUGGGCACCGAUCUCCUCACAUUCCAUAUAGGUUAUUGCACCUGGUAUGGACGCACGCACGGCAUUUAGCAGGGUACGAGCAACAGGAUGCACACGAGUUCCUCAUUGCUGCAUUAGAUGUGCUACACAGACACUGCAAAGGUGACGAUAAUGGGAAGAAGGCCAACAACCCCAACCACUGUAACUGCAUCAUAGACCAAAUCUUCACAGGCGGACUGCAGUCUGAUGUUACUUGUCAAGUCUGCCAUGGUGUUUCCACAACGAUAGACCCGUUCUGGGACAUCAGUUUGGAUUUGCCUGGCUCCUCUACACCAUUCUGGCCACUGAGCCCAGGGAGUGACGGCAGUGUGGUGAAUGGGGAAAGCCAUGUAUCGGGCACCACCACGCUCACAGACUGCUUGCGAAGGUUUACAAGGCCAGAACAUCUAGGAAGCAGUGCCAAAAUCAAAUGUAGUGGUUGCCAUAGCUACCAGGAAUCUACCAAACAACUCACUAUGAAGAAAUUACCCAUUGUGGCCUGUUUUCAUCUCAAACGGUUUGAACACUCAGCCAAACUGAGGCGAAAGAUCACUACAUAUGUCUCCUUUCCGCUGGAGUUGGACAUGACACCAUUUAUGGCUUCCAGCAAAGAGAGCAGAAUGAAUGGGCAGUACCAGCAGCCAACGGAUAGUCUAAACAAUGAUAAUAAGUAUUCCUUGUUUGCAGUAGUUAAUCACCAAGGAACCUUGGAGAGUGGGCACUAUACCAGCUUCAUCCGGCAACACAAGGACCAGUGGUUCAAAUGUGAUGAUGCCAUCAUCACCAAGGCUAGCAUUAAGGAUGUACUAGACAGUGAAGGAUAUUUGCUGUUCUAUCACAAACAGUUCUUGGAAUAUGAGUAGCCUUAUCCAGCAGUUUGUCAGAUAAAUGAAAGGAAGAAAAUAAGCAAGCCUUCUGAAAUGACACACAAACCUACCUGAAAUGAAAAGACCCAUUAAACAACAACUAGCACUGAGCUGUAACAGGACCUACUUGACACUGGCUCACAGCCUGGCGGAGUAAGAAAUGAACAAUGUCCAACGUGUAUGCAGUCCCGCAAGGACAGAAAGGGGGGAAAAAAGAGGCUACAGUCAGUCAUGUAAGAGCGGAAAUAUAAAAUGAGAGGAAUGCUCUGGGUGGGGGAAAUGGGAGCAGAGGAGUCCGGGCACUGGUACAUCUCCUAUGUUCCUCCAAAAAGUGUGUGGGAAGGCAAGGGGGUGUGCCAUCAUCUCCAUAAAGCAUCUUCUCCAUUGGUGCUUCAGCUCCAACUGACCAAUCACAUAACAGUUAUUAUUAAAAAUCCAAGCCCAUUUUUGAUGCAUAUGGGUCUGAAAGCAGUAAAGUGGAGGAGGAUGGGAUGACACAACUAAAGGACUUUGCAAGUAUCUUUUUAUUUGUGAAUUUUAGUUAUUAAAUAAAUACAGUAUGAAACUAUUAGGCUCUUUUUUUCGACAAAAGUAAAAGAAAUCCUGGAUUGUGGAACUGAAGCUACAGUACUGAGACAGGUUUUCAAGCAUGCCUGCUGCACAGGUGGUAAUCUGCCAUCAGACUGCUCAUCAAAGCAUCUGCACAGAUUCUUUUCUGUUUGAGCCCUUUGUUUUGUUUUGUUUUUCUAUAAAUAGCUAUUUUCUUAAUUUUUUUCCUUUUAUUCCCUUUUUUCACGAGAAUGAAAUUCAUAAAUGGAACCAUCAGUAAAAUGAAUGAAUUGGCGUGUUUAUACUGUAAAA